AUGCCCUCACUCAAGGGAAGGAGUAGUCCCGCCGUCGAACGUCGCGAUCGGUUGACACUUGCGAAAUUGGCCAGCUACGAUGAUGUCGCGACAGAUGCGCUGGUCGAUCGGGCAUACUUCUGGACAAACACUCGAAAGAAUCGAACCAAAUACAUCCCCAUCCGGGGUAUUGUCGAUGAUCAGGUCGCUCGCAUACUCUUGCACGAUGUAAUCGUUGCAAAGGAUGCCUCGAAAGCCGAGCGAGAGCUCCUUGCCAUGCCUGGGUUGAAGAAGUUUAUGGGAAAGCUACGCAAUGACCGAGAGAAGGACUGGUUUCGUCGACAUCUGCGCAAGUACAUCCAGAUGUACCUCCCGGACUCGCCGUUCGAGAUUACCACGACCAACCGUUACACUAUCACAGAACACGAGGCUGCAGUUUGCGCCCGCAAGUUUAUCAAGCAGGGACAGGAGAUCAAGUACCUGAGUGGGACGCUUGUGCCAAUGACCCGCGAGGAAGAACAGGAUCUCGAUCUGAAGAGGAAGGAUUUUAGUAUCGUGAUGUCGAGCCGGAAAAGAACACCGUCUUUCUUCCUUGGUCCCGCUCGUUUUGCGAAUCAUGACUGCAACGCAAACGGGAAAUUGGUGACCAGGGGCUCGGAGGGUAUGCAGGUUGUGGCCACUCGGGACAUCUAUAUUGGAGAGGAGAUUACCGUAUCCUACGGUGACGACUAUUUUGGAAUCGAUAAUCGUGAAUGUCUCUGCCUGACCUGCGAACGACUGGUCCGCAAUGGCUGGUCCCAAAAUGCUGCGUCUGAGCUUCCGGGUGCAGCGUUGAUUCCGGCCGUAAACGAGGAUAUGUUGACUGUCGAUUCCCAUGUCUCGCCCAAGAAGCGCAAGUCGGCGCCUGAUUCUGAGACCGAGCUUUCUGCUCCGCCCACACCAUCGAAACGCGCGAAGUUCAUCCGUCAGAGUUCUAAGUUGAGAUCUGAGGUCUCGUUUCCUGAAUCCACCAAUUCUAUCGAGCAACCUGCCGAACAGCCAUCCCUGAUCAACAACGCGAUUUCCAAUGGCCCUGUAGCUGAAAGCGUGAAGAAUGACCCUUUGGAUUCAAAUCUUGACACAACGACGGUCCACACUCAGCCUCCCUCGCCUGAUGACUACAAAUCCCCAUCGUCAAUUACCGCAGAUGAAUCUCAACGUACAUCGACAUCGACGUACGUCACGUCCGUGUGUGAUACUGGAUUAAAGAUCAAGGUGGAGCAAGUUAUAGAGACGUCUGUCGAGAAAGUCUCAUCCACCAUUGAGAAGAAUAUCGAGUUCUCCACCACAUCCCAGCCAGAUCUCGAGCGGCGUUCGACAAGCAGUGAGAGGGACGCGCAGUCAGAAUUAUCAGAUCCGCCGAGCACUAUGGAUUUACUCGAAACGCUUGUCACUGAAACGAAAAAAUCCAGAACAUCCCGUCGGAAAAACACCAUUGUUUCAUCUGUGGAAGUGGAAUCGCAACUUGUUCGUGUUCCCGGGGAUUAUACAAAGACCUCCAAGCUUCUGGCGCAAACUUACGAUCGCUGGGUUGAUUGUCACACAUGCAAUACCUGGUUCGUUCAACAAAACUCUUACUUGACCCGGAGAGAAUGCCCUCGAUGUGAGCGCCACUCCAUGCUGUAUGGGUACCGGUGGCCUAAAACCGAUCGAGAGGGGCCUCAAGACGAAGAAGAACGGGUGAUGGACCAUCGUACAGUUCAUCGCUUCCUUUAUCCUGAGGAAGAAUCUCUCGUUUCGCGCAAGGCCCGCGGAGUCAGCUUCGGCGUGACGCCCACCCCCGAGCUAUCUGAGUCACGUACAGAGACGGAGGGGAGUGAUGGGGGCGAUGACCGGCGGACUACUCGUGCGAGCCGGCGUCGCACUCGGUCUAUUCGAAUGACGAUGUGA